CCGGAACCAAAAGGGUUCCCUAUCAUUGGCAAUGUUACAGCUCCGUGAGAAUGCUUGGACAACCCAUCAUCCUUCUCCACGACCGUGAUACGAUACGCGACAUCUUGACCAAGUCUUCAAAAAUAGCCUCAUCUCGACCCUCAUUCACUUUUGCAGACAUGUGCGGAUUUGGGGGGCUACUGAACCUUCUGUCGUUCAAUUCCACUUACUUGCUACAUCGCAAAAUGAUCCACAAACAUUUUGGCACAAAGCUCAUGGCCGAACAUUUGAAGGAAGCUGAGAACCUUGAAUCUCACCGCUUUCUUUGAAACUCUCUUAAAGACCCAUCUGGCUUGUUCAAGCACGUUAAGUCCGAAGCGAGCGCCGUCAUUCUUCGCAUCACGUAUGGUUAUUGCAUCACUCCAAGCUGCCUCGACCCAUUGGUCCAUAUGAUCGAAGAAACAGUGGAUGUAUUUGGUUAGGCAUCUGAUCUAUAGGCAU